AUGUCGACCAACAAGAGAAUCGCCUUGCCUGCUAGAGUCGAGCCAAAAGUGUUCUUCGCCAAUGAGAGAACCUUCCUUUCCUGGUUGAACUUCACCGUCAUUUUGGGCUCCUUGGGUGUGGGUUUGUUGAACUUCGGAGACCUGGUUGGAAGAAUCAGUGCUGGUUUGUUCACAUUCAUUGCCAUGUUGACCAUGGUCUACGCAUUGGUCACCUACCACUGGAGAGCCAAGGCUAUCCGGUUGAGAGGCUCGGGCCCAUAUGAUGACAGAUUUGGCCCUACCAUGUUGUGUAUCUUCCUUUUGAUUGCAGUGGUGGUCAACUUUGUGUUGAGAAUCCGUGCCUAG